AUGUCGAAGAAAUUUAAUAUUCGCGAGUGGGUUCUAUCCGUUAAAUAUUGGUCAUUGCUAUUCAUUCCCCAUAUAUCGAUUUGUUUAAUUUUUUUAAUCUAUACACUUGUUGGUGCCAGUAUUAUUCAAGAAAUUGAAUCAGAUGAUCCACGAAUUAUUUCUUCAUCAACAGUAGAAACAACACCAAAACCUAUUGUUCCAAUAAAAAAUUUUGAUCGAGAACGAGAACGUCUCUUAUCAAAAAUAACAGAAAAAAGGCAAACAGUUGAUGUACAACAAUAUACUAAAUAUGUCAAUAAACAUCUUCGUGAAUAUGAAGAAGAAAUUAAAAAAGUAUAUCAAUCAAUUCCAACAACACCAUCAACUGUUAUUGAAAAACCUACAUUAAAUGAAGAAAAUUCCCGAUGGACUUUUGCAGGAUCAUUGUAUUUUAUUGGAACAACUUUAACAACCAUCGGUUCAAAUGAUUUUACGCCAACAAAAAAAAUAGGAAAAUUAUUUUUAAUGAUCUAUGCUGCUAUUGGCAUUCCAUUAACAUUAGUAUUUUUAUCUGAUUUAAGUUUAUUAAUAGCACGUUUAAUAAAGUAUUUAUCUUUACUAUUAUUACGUGCAUAUUCAACAAAGUAUUUUCUUCAUAUGCGUCAAUGGAUGUUAUUUCGUUUUAUUGAAAAACAAUUAGAUAUUUCAAUACCUUUACCAACAGAUGAAGAUGAUUUAUUUUCACAAAAAAAUAAUCACUUAUUAAUAUCAUCAUUGGAUAAUGAAUUUAAUGAAAAUGAUCAACCAAUACAUCGAUUAUCAAUAAGACAACGACGUUUAUCUAAUAGUCUUCAUCUAAAACAUAUUAAAAAUGCUUAUAAUAUCCUUAUUGAUACAAUAAAAGAUAUAAAUGAUGAUACUAAUUUAACCAUGCCACAAUUAAUAAUAACGAUUUUUAUGUAUCUACUCAUUGGUGCAUGUCUUAUUACAUCAAAUUCAUUUUUUGACAGCAUUUAUAUUUGUUUUACAUCUAUAUUUACCAUUAAUUUAAGAAAUUAUUAUCGAAAUAUGACAAUACAUCAUGAAAAUAAUAUGAAAUCAUUAUUUAUUUUAGCUAUUUAUUUAUUAUUUGGUUUAGCUAUUGCCUCAUUAUGCGUAAAAGCUGUACAAAUAAAAAUACAAAUAACACUUGAAAAUAUUGGAAAAAAAUUACUUCGAGAUCUUGUAGAAUUUCUUCGACAGAUGGGUUUUCAUGAAUUGAGUACAGAUGAUAUAUUAGCCACAACAAAUCAUAAUUCUCAAUCAAUAUUAGCUCCAACGUCAGAAUCUAUUCUUUCUCGACAACAACGUGUAAUACGUACAGCAUCAUAUUCAUCCGAAUCAAUAUCAACACCAACUCCUCGUCCUAUUGGUAUUGCUGAACCAGUACCUCGUCUACCUAGUGGUCUUAUUAUUCGAGCAUAUAAAAGUCCUGAAAGUGAUACAGAUAAAAGUGUUCAAGUUAAUACAAUCAUUCGAUCAUGUGGUCGCUGUGCUGGUUCAAGUCCAUCACCUUCAAGAUCAUUGUUAUCAGUAAGAAGACAUAGUGUUAUAUCACCUACACCACUAUCACCAGGUGAAAAUAGUUCUGGUGGUGAAGAUGAAGAUACAUCACCAGCUUUACCACCACCAAAUUUGGAUAGACUUCGUCAACGACGUGCAACACUUGUUGCAAAAACAAUUAUUAAUCAAAUGGCUACACAACCACCAAUAUUAUCUGCUAAUGAACCAAUGCCAUCAUUAACAUUGUUAACUGCUCAACGUCAUCGUUCAACAGAAACACCACCGCCAGUGUCAUCAAAAUAUUCAACUACAAAAUUAGCAAAUACUCCAGCUGCAGCAUCACGUAAACGAGAUAUUAGUCAAGAAGAAUUUUCAGCAAUUUCAAAACAAAUAUCUUCAUUAUUGACACCUAGUGAUGAUGAGAAUUAA